AGCUUAUGGUGUGCAUUUCAUGUACCAACACCACCUGUCCCUUUUGUUUCCUUGACUUCCUAAAUUGUGGACUCAGUAUUAAUAGGGCGGAUCACUUUGUACUCUCACAGCCUCUCCAAGCCUUCAACAAUGGCGGACAAGGUGUACACGAUAGUGCUCCAGGUUGAUCUUGGCUGCCCACGCUGUUACAAGAAGAUCAAGAAAAUCCUCUCCAAAUACCGAGAGAGAUAUCAAAUACAGGAGGAGAAAUUCGAUGGGAAACAGAACACAGUCACCCUCAGUGGACCCUUCUGCCCCGACAAACUCGCUAAGAAGCUCUGUUGCAAAGCUGGAGAAUCCAUUAAGUGCAUCAAAAAGCCUCCAGAGUCGCCGCCACCGCCACCGCCUAAACCAAAAUCAGAACCAAAACCAAAACACGAGGAUCCACCCAAAACACCGGUCCAACCGAUGGGGGUUUGUUGUAGACCAUGUUAUGGGGGGUGUGGAGGAGGACCAUGUCAACAAGGUUAUGGAUACUAUGGGUAUGGGAGGCCGAGUUACAUAAGCCCCUGCUGCAGAUACUUCAGUGAAGAGGAACCUACUUCAUGCGCCAUCAUGUGAUGCUUGAUCGGUCUACCCUUUUCUGGUUCAACUUCCAAAACUGGAUCAGAUGGUUGGUUCGAGUUAUGCCGGUCGGUUUAGAGUAAUUGUUGGGUAAGGUGGGAUAAUUGGAUUUUCUGUUUUUAAUCUCUUCAUUCUUACUUAAGAAGAGCUAUAGCUAUGCAAAGAGAGGGGGAGAGGUUUAUAGUGAAUAAAAAAUGUAAUUUGAUGAAUAAAAGUGGAUUCAUAUCUGAUCAUAAGUC